GCCGGCCGUAGGAGUGCUAAGUUUGACGUCAUAGAUAGACAGACAUAAAACAAAUCUUCGAAGCAUAGUCAUAAAACGUCACUCGUUUGCUUAGCACGCAACCAGGUAUAGACGAAAUCGUUUUUUCCUGUUUCGUCUUCUUCAUCAAACAAUGAAACUACAGUUUUACUUAGCAUCUAUUAUUUGUGUCUGCUGCUGCCUGUGGAGACAAGUCACAAGCUGUGUUGAUAAUCACCAUUUCUGUCCUUCAUGGCGCCAACGUGGAGAAUGUACGAAAAACCCUGCGUACAUGAGGCAAUACUGCAAGAAAAGCUGCGGCCUUUGUGCUCCAGUAAGUUCCUGGGGAGCCUGGAGGAGUUGGUCUAAGUGUACAAAGACUUGUGGAGGCGGUUCCAGGUUUAGGACGCGCACGUGCUAUGGCAGAGCACGCUGCUACGGGCUCAGCUAUCAAUCCGUGAGAUGUAACGUUCAGCAGUGUCCAGUUUCGUCAUCAAGUUGCUUCGAUAACAACUGGAUGUGUGAUUCCUGGGCCAGAAAUGGAGAAUGUCAGAAAAACCCUCGAUAUAUGGUGCCUAACUGCAAGAAAAGCUGCAAAAAGUGCGUUGUUAAUGGUAACUGGGGAGCCUGGGGCGGAUGGACCACAUGUUCAAAGACCUGCGGGUUCGGCAUCAAGUCAAGAAGCCGAACAUGCUCUAAUCCAGUCCCUCAAAAUGGCGGCCGUCCCUGUGCAGGGCCCUCUACUCAAUCGACAUCUUGUAAUCCCUCACCAUGCAAAGUGCCAGUUCAUGGCAACUGGGGAGCCUGGGGCGGAUGGAGCGCGUGUUCAAAGACUUGCGGGGGUGGUACCAUGUUCAAGAGCCGUACAUGCUCUAAUCCAGCCCCUCAGAAUGGAGGCCGUACCUGUGCAGGGCCCUCUACUCAGUCCCAAUCCUGUAACUCUUCACCAUGCAAGGUUAAUGGUAAUUGGGCCGCUUGGGGCGAAUGGGGCAUUUGCUCAAAGACCUGCGGCGGCGGUUACAGGAGAAGGGACCGAACAUGUACCAAUCCAGCCCCUCACAAUGGUGGCCUGGUCUGCCAAGGGUCCAGCUUCCAGUUAGCGAAUUGUAACAUACAGCUGUGUCCAGUGGUUGAUGGUCAGUGGGGUCUCUGGAGCCAAUGGACUCCCUGCUCAAAGACAUGUGGUGUUGGAUUCACUAUAAGAAAUCGAUACUGCGACAACCCUGCUCCUGAGAACGAUGGUAAACCUUGUGUUGGAAAGAAUCAAGAAACGCGUCCAUGCUCACUGAAAGAUCAGUGCCCAGCUGAAAUCUGCGGUCGCCCUAAACCCAGUGCUAGUCGUAUUGUGGGAGGUGAAGUAGCCUCCAAUCGAGACUGGCCGUGGCAGGUUGGGCUCCAGAAACAGGACGAUGAUUUCAUAUUUUGCGGAGGAUCUCUCAUCAACCAGGAGUGGGUGUUGACCGCAGCCCACUGUAUCACCCGUAACAGUCCAAGUAGAAACGGAUGCGUAGCACCGAAUCCUGGAUUGAGAAUUAUACUUGGAGAGUUUGAUAAGGACAACAUUGAUGGCCACGAGGUUCAAAAGACCGUAUCCGAAAUUUGUAUGCAUCCCGAAUACAACCACAGUAUCUUCAACAACGACAUCGCACUCCUGCGCUUUGCAAGCCCCUUGCCUGGGUACAACGAGACCAUGAGCCCGGUCUGUCUGCCGACCGCUUCCAGUCACUUCCCCGUGGGGACAAACUGCUCGGUGACCGGGUGGGGGAGAACGCACCAAUCGGGCUGGAGCUCCAGAAAACUCCGCGUCGCCCGUGUUCCCAUCAUUGAUCACGCCACCUGUAAACAGCAGUACCUGGAAGGCGACGGGGAAAUUGUCACCGACAAGAUGAUCUGCGCCGGCUACCAGGAGGGUAAGGUGGACAGCUGCAAGGGAGACAGCGGAGGACCCUUUGUGUGUAAGGAGGGGGGCAGAUACGUUCUUGCUGGAGCCACAAGCUGGGGAGUAGGCUGUGCUCAGGCGGGGAGGCCUGGUGUAUACACCGACAUCAAGAAGUUCUUGGAUUGGAUUGACGGACAUAUUUCCCCAGCAGAACCAGACCCAUAAACUAAAACUGCGUGAAGUUCUUUACAGCUCCUACUUGUUAGACCGUUCACAGCCUCUCUAUUUGCGCACGCGAAAGACAAAGCGAGCGAAGCGAGUAUGCGGGGGUGGGGGUUGGGGUUUGCGAGGGAAGCGAGCAUGUCGCUUCCCACCACCUACCUAGUCAAGUCCUCCGUUUUGCGCUGGCGUCCAAUUCUCUCGCGAUUCUAUCCGCGCGUUCAACGAUCGAAUAAAUAUAGGAGAAAAUAGAGGGCUGUGAACAGUCUACUACUUGUCUGGCUACAAUGUGCUUGUCGUGUAGUUUCGAAAAUUAAAAUUUAAAAAGUUACUUUCUAGUUGCUUCUGCAAAAGCGCUAUUUGACUGUAGGAACCAUGAAAUACUGUUUACAAAGGACUUCCAAUCUUUAUCUCACUCUGGUGUCUAAAUCACCGAAGACAUUUCCGAGAUAGAACGUUUUCAUUCACAUGACCAGCAGCCAUGCAAAGUUAUUGGAACAAAAUGAAGUGUUCACAUAAGAAAAGAGUUUACCUCCCAGAGGAUUGGUUCGGUACAACAUGGCCGCCGUUUGAUUGUUUUGGAACACCAAUAUGGCUGCCGUGACGUCAUGUGAAGGGGCUUCAUAAGUUACGAAGAUUUUUGAAGACUUUCGAAAACCCCUGAAGACGUC